AUGAAACCCAGGGACCUCCACAUUCAAGAAAAUAAUCAAGACUUGGUGGAGUCCAUGUUGCAAGAAGAAGAAGACAGAGCCCUGCGCAGGAGCCUGGGAGACCUGCAGGAAGCAGCAGCCGGUGAGACAGCAGCAGCAGCAGCAGCAGCAGCAGCAGCAGCAGCAGCAGCAGCAGCAAAUGAUGUUCGUUGCUUGCAGCUGACACCAAGGCCAUUCAAGACAUCGGUAGGAAGCAGCAGCAACUGCGUCUUGAGGACUUUUCCAUUUGCUGCUGCAGCAGCAGUGCAGCGCCAGCAGCUCAACUCCUUGGCAAAGGUGCAAGUUCCGGCCGGCCGCGCAGCCGUCGUUUGCAAAGGCCAUUUUGGCGCGGAAUUCUUCGUUUUGGAGUUUAAAAUGUUUUAUUUUUUGAAAGCAAAUGUGUUUUGUGUUGUGUUUGUGGCAUUUGUGCUUUGGAAUCCCGCCAGCUGCGCGGCGCCGCCCGGCGGCGCGCAGGCGCUGCAGCAGCUGACGGAGUUCCGCAAGAGCCACCGCAGAACUGUCGACGGGAGACUUUGCGCAGCAGCUUUCGUCCAAGAUGACCAAACUUACACGGAUUGCACAGCAGCAAAGGCCCCCAACGGGACUGCAGGCGCCGACUGGUGCUACGUGGAGAUAAAGCGGCUGGACGGCAGCAUCUACCAGGCGGACUUGGCUGCAAAAAAACUCGAGGCUCUUUGCGGCAAACGCCACGAGGCUGCGGAGCGGCAGCUGGAGACAGCGCGAAAUAUCUUUUUGCGAAAUCAAAACUGCCUCAAAAGAGGUUUUGCUGCUGCAGCAAAAGCCAAAAACUUGAAAGAAUUAAUUAAAGAGACGCGCAGCAAAGUGCAGCAGCAGCAAGCUGCUGCAGCGCAGCAGCCGGAGAACUGCCAGGGGGCUCUGGGGUACGAGGAGGACCCUGUGGCGGACGGGCUGCGGGGGGCCUACUUCGACAACUGCUGCUUCGAGGGGCCCCCCCGAGUUCGAAAAAUCGACCAAGUCCUCGACUUCGCCUUCAGCGGCUCGGGGCCCCUCGAGGGCCUCAAAGCCCACAACUACUCCAUUCGUAAGAGCUGCGGACUUCGCCGAAUUUCGCAGUUGCAGCUUUUCGCAUCAGGCUGGGACGGCUUUCUUCAGGUGCCCGAAACGGGGCACUACGUCUUCACCACUGAGACGGACAACGGCGUGCGGGUGUUUCUGAACGGGCAGCCGGUGGUGGCGGACCGGAUGCCUGGGGGCAGCCCGGCGGAGAGCAGCGGCAGCAAAAGAGUUUCUUUGCUUUCUGCAGUUCAAAAAAGCGGAAAACAUUUUUCAAAUUCUGCAAAACUUCGUUUAAUUCGCAAAAAAAAAUACAAAAUUCGAGUCGAGUUCGUCCACAACCCCCACUUUCUCCCCGAAAACAGCGACCGAGGCACUCUCAGGCUCUUGUGGUCUUCCGAAGACUUGCCGCGAGAAGUAAUCCCUUCCAAGUUCUUCUUCUCGUCGGACCGGCCGUCCCCGCUGAAAGUGUCCAGAAGGCCUUCGGAGGCUUUAAUGGAGUUUUAUUUGAAGUCCCCAGCAGCUCUUUUUGUGGCUUUUCCGCUGCAGCAGCCCUUCCCGCUGGCCCCCUUCGAAGACUACCUCUGGAGGGCCCAGGACACUCCAGACCGAAUUUUCGUCAAAAAACGCAAAGACAAUUUCCAAACAAGUUCUCCAGAAAGUGCCCAGGAAGGGGCCGGGGAAAAGACUGAAGAAGAGCCAACAGAAGGGCCAGAAAAGACAGAAAAAGAGACAACAGAAAGGCCAGAAAAGACAAAAAAAGAGACAACAGAAAGUCCAGAAAGUCCCGAAAAAGAGACAACAGAAAGGCCAGAAAGUCCCGAAAAAGAGACUACAGAAAGUCCAGAAAGUCCCGAAAAUGAGACAACAGAAGGGCCAGAAAGUCCCGAAAAAGAGACAACAGAAGGGCCCCAGGAAAGCUUCACACUCCAAGUCAAAAGAAUUAUCCACAGGGGGGGCCCCGUCUCCCUCAGCGUUGCCCACAAGGGCGUUCCGUUUUUAGUUAUUCUCGCGCCGCUGGAAGACGCUGCAGCAUGCGCUCCUCUUCGGAACUUUCUGCAGACUUUAAUUGCAAAUCUGGACUUAGUGGAAUUCAUUUGGACGGCCCUGGAGGCAUUUGGAAGUCCCGAAGUGGCAACGGUCAAAGUUGAAAUAACGCAAAUGUUUGUGAACGGCGGAGACAGCGGAGGCUCUUUCGAGUUCUGGGGAGUUCCCUGUUUGACAGCAGCAGCAGCAGCGGACGCGGCGCCUGCGGUGCUGGAGCUGGAGGCCAGUGUCUUCGUGGAAGUGAAGGAAAAAAUAAUUUUGCUAACUGCUGCAUGCGAAGGCGAAAAGUGCAGCAAAGCCCUCACCACUCUUUUCAACUUGGUGGUUCAAAAACUCUAA